UUCCUGGUCAGACAUACACGCCAGCGACUGCUGCGGACAGAGACUGCCCGGACAAGCGAGACGGCCUUCCACCCUGACAGAGAGACAGCCGCCAGCACAGUGAGAGAGACGGCCGGGAUUAAUGAGCUUUUAGAGCCAGCUCGGGACAGUUAUGGGAGCAGCUGCCUGUGCUAAGUGACACACACACACACAGUGCAUAGAGGGUGCCAGGCUGGGGGCAGGACAUGGGACACCAUGAGAGACAGCAGAGAGCAGCAUGAGACAGCCUGGCAAUGAGAGGCUAGGGGACAGAGUGGGGGACAGAUAGGGCCCGGGGGCAGUGUGACACACAGCAGUAAAGAUACACUGACAAAUAGCAAGGACAGAGACACGGACAGAUAGCAAGGACAGAGACACUGACAGAUAGCAAGGACAGAGACACAGAGAGAGGAUGUGCCCAGUGUGACAGAGGGACAUGUACACAAGGCACAGCACUGACACACUGUUACAUACUAUCUACACUGGGGGACACACAGGGACAGACAUGUGACAGAGCCACCCAGCACCAACUGGGACCGAGAUGAGCUGAGUAUGGACACCAGGACCAGGGAAAAGCCAGAGAGAACCUUCGAUUUGGUUCUCAAGGUGGAGUGUCCAGUUUCUGAAAAUGAAGACCCAGUCUUGCUGUGGAAGUUCCCCGAGGAUUUCUCCGACCAGGACAUUUUGUCUAUGGUGCCAAAGUUCUGUUUUCCGUUUGCCAUUGAAAGGGUAACUCAGACUCAGGUUGGACAGCACUUCACAUUUGUUCUGACGGAUAUAGACAGUAAGCAAAGGUUCGGGUUUUGCCGGCUGACGUCAGGAGGUAAAAUCUGCUUAUGCAUUCUCAGUUAUCUGCCUUGGUUUGAAGUUUACUACAAGCUGUUAAAUACAUUGGCUGACUACUUGGUAAAAGAGCAGGAAAAUGACUUGAAUGAUAUGUUAAAAUCACUGUACAACCACCCGGUUCCCGAUGCUCACACUCCUGUCAGUCUGAGCCUUAACGAGCAGCUGUUUAUAUCAAGUGAACACAUGUUAAAAAUUGAACCCUCUCCUCUGUUGCACUCCUAUUUCAUUACUCCUGACGUAACCGGACUGCCGACAAUCCCUGAAAGUAGGAACCUGACUGAAUAUUUUGUAGCAGUGGAUGUAAAUAACAUGCUUCAGAUUUAUGCUAGCAUGCUCCAUGAACGCAGGAUCAUCUUCACAUCCAGGAAAUUAAGCACGUUAACCGCCUGUGUUCAUGCCUCAGCCUCCCUGCUUUACCCAAUGUACUGGCAACACAUAUAUAUUCCUGUGCUUCCCCCACACCUACUGGACUACUGUUGUGCCCCGAUGCCUUAUCUUAUUGGAGUUCACUUCAGCCUCAUGGAGAGGUUAAAAAGUCGCUCACUGGACGACGUAGUUCUUCUCAAUGUCGAUACCAACUGUUUAGAAACACCCUUUAAUGAUCUAUGUGCACUACCUGCUGACGUGGUCUCAACCCUGAAAAGCAAAUUGAAGAAACAGUCUACAUCAACUGGCGAUGGAGUGUCUCGAGCCUUCCUGCGAGCACAGGCUGCCCUGUUUGGGUCGUACAGAGACGCACUCAGAUACAAACCCGGUGAACCUGUUACUUUUUGUGAGGAGAGCUUUGUUGCUCAUCGCUCCAGCACCAUGAGGCAAUUUCUGGAGAUGGCUGUCAACCUUCAGCUCUUUACACAGUUUAUCGAUGGGCGACUGGAGAAACUGAACUCAGGUCGAGGAUUCUCUGACAUAUUUGAGGAAGAAAUUACUUCAGGUGGAUUCUGUGGUGGGAACUCCAACCCCUAUCAGCAGUGGGUACACACAAUGAAGAAAGGUAGCGCUUUAAUUAACACCGCUAUGACCAAAGCCAGUCCAGCUAUGAAGAAUGCCUAUAAAUUUGCCAAGCAAGGAAUGAAGGAGGUGAAAAGCAAGCUGAAGAACAAAGACAUUGAAGAAGAAGAUAUGGGAAAUAGUUUGGAACAUAUGCACACCCAGAAAUUACCAUUAAAUCACUCAAACCGGACAGGGAUCGAGAGGAGGAAACUUUCAAAGACGAGAAUGAACCGGCCACUGCAUCACACCGGAAACCACAAUUCAGGCCCAGAGGAUUCUGAUGUGGGCGAUAGUGCCAGCAAGUUAUCCUCCGAAGACAGUGAAGAAGCCUCUGGAUAUUUCUACGACAGCGAUGCUUCGUAUGACGAUGUUAGCCUUUCCUCUAGGAAAGGUGGAGAAAUGGACCUUCUGGGAGAAAUUCUAGACACAUUGAGUACUCACAGCUCAGAUCCGGGUGCUGGGCGGCUUACAGCUGCAAAGAGCUUGGACUUUUUCAGAUCUGUGGAUGAUUUGGACUACAAGGUUCCGGUAUGUAGAAGCAAGCCAAGUGCCCCCAGCGAGGACAACCUAAAUUCGUUGUGUAUGAAAUCUAGUGAAAAUUGGAACAAUGGUCAGGAUGACCGUGUUCUCUACAGGAAGCAUCUCCCGACAUCUCCUCGCAAGCAUUGUUUAGAAGUGCCAACUAACAAAGUCUAUGAUCGACCUAGGUCCGAGUUUCCACCAGUCAUUCUUAGUGAUGCGUCUGGAGAUGGAAUCUCUGGGCGCCCUACAUCACUGUUCUAUGCACAAACUCUGGGGACUGAAUUCAGAGAUAGGAGCAGGAGUCCUGUCAUGCAAGUGCCAUGGGAGAAAAAUCAGCCCGACUUAGAAGAUGAGGAAAAGGAGAGCCCACAUUGAUUUUGACGCCAUGGUAACAUAAAACAGACUUAAACAUGGGGAAAUUUAUAGAUAUGUCACUGCAGAAUUCAAACAUAUUCUGGAUAUCCUUGGAUUUUCUCCAAAACUGAUGGGAUUCUGCUGUAUUUCUUUAUAGUAAAUACUAAACUUUAUGUGAACAAAAAGGACAUAUAGAAAAACAAAAGUAACAAUGUUUUAAUAUAUCUAAUGAUUUUCUAGAUUUUUAAGGUACGAGGAUAUUUGAAAAUAUUUUUUUUUUAUGAGUCUCUGGAGAUUUGCACUUUUAGCAGAGUGAAGGUGAUACCUGAUAAUUAUUCAAAAGACCUGUAAGAACUAUUUGAACUUUGUUGAAAGGCAUGUAGGUAGGUACAUCAAAACGAGGGUUUCUGUUAAGGUAACACACAAUCAGUUCUCUGAUCAGCCAAUGGAAGAGGUUCUAUUGAUGCAGAUUUGUAAUGUGCAUAUCCUGUACCCUAUUCUGCAAGGUGAUUUUAACUCCUUUACUUGGUACUGUGGACUUCAACCUUCAAGUUAAUGGUACAUCUUAGACCUUUUAGAAUAUUAGGAGCCACAAGUUCAUUCAUUAAGACUGUUUGGUCCAGCCAUACAUUAUAUGCAAAUAUAUCAUAUUUUGGUUUAUAUAAAACAAUUUAUCUUAACAAAGCAUGACAUUCUUUGAGUCAGCACUAACCGCUAUCAAAGUUGUUAAUUUUAAAAAGAAGUCCAUUUUAUAAACUAUAGGUCAAUUAUUAAGGCUAACCUACCCGAACAGCCUGCAGCUUGUCCCUCGUCUGUAGCAUUACCAGAAUCCAUUGAAAAGCUGAUGAAAAAUCUAUUCCGUGUUGUUUGCCUAUUAGUUUGCUAUUUGUAAAAAAAAUUGCCCGAACCUUCUAUGUAAAGCUGAUUAUGCAGCCAUCUCUGGUUAUCUGUGUCACUUCAGUGGAGUAAUUAAUUUUAAAGGUUGUUUCAGUUGAAAAGAAGGGAUUAUAAAAUCUCUCCCGUAUCACACACAGUUUCCAUGAAACUGAAAAUGUUUCAAGCACUCCAUUCAUAUUCAGGGAUGUUUUGCAUGGUGGCUGACGAAUGACUGAUAAUCAUGUAGCCCCAUGCAGUAAAUUUUAGCAACAUUUGAAAAGCUUUCAGAAGCAAACGUUUAAUAAAUAUGUGUUGACUGCUUGAUUGAAAAAUUACAAUCAAUGAAAUUCAAUGUAGGGUUUUGUCUAAGCAAUCUUAUGACCCAACUACUCUGAGAUUUAAACAGCUUCCUUUACAAGCUUGGCCAUUAAAUCAGGAGUGCUGGUGUGCUGUAGAGGUGGUGAUCCAAUCCAUGUGAAAGCAUAGGUUAUCGCUUCAACGAAACUACUUCUAUGUGAAGUAACACAAUCCUAAAUUGUAGAAUGAAAAUUAAUUUUAUUGCACCAUAUGGAUUGCACAAAAGGCAUAUAGCGAAGGAGAAAGACAGAAUGUGUUAAGAACACUUAAAUGGGCACCAGGGCAGCAAAUUUACUAUGAUAAAGAUCUAAAUUUACCCAUGUGCUUAAUGUCACUGAGUUUAGUAGGUAUGCAUUGCAUGCUCAUGUUAUAUGUCAAUAGACCUGUCCACCUGGGCCUUAUCUUGUAUGGUUUAAACCCAACAUUUACAUGUUUAUUUGUAAAGCAGAAGUGUAUUCACUGGAGCUGUUUAAUGGGCAGGCCAAGUAACUGAUGGCAUUAUAAGUAUAGACAUUAAAUUAGAUAAAAAGUAAAUUGUGUAUUGCGAGACAAGCUGCGUAAUGUGAAGCAAUCAACAGGAACCUCCCAUUGACCCAUAAUGUCUAAAAAAUGUCAUAGGAACGAAAGAUGGUUAUGCUGAACUGAUAAAUGGUCGUAAAUAGUGUCACAUUGGAUAAAAUAUCAAUUCUAAUAUUUUACACAGUAUAGGUAUGGCACUGAUGUGCACAGUUACUCCAUAAUAAUAUGAUUUCUUCCUAAUGGGUUUGUAGACCUGAGUGUUCAUAUCAAAACUGCUCUGUAAUUCACAGGAAGCAGGCAUUACAAAGGAACACUACGAAAGAUGCAAUUAGCUAGGGCUGAUGAAAUGAAAAGUGCCUUUGUUUUUUUAUUACCCACAAAACCCCAUAAGUACAAUCGGUACAAAUGCUUGCAAUAGAAAUUACAGCUGCAGUAAAUUACAUUUUGUAGCUAGUAGUAUCACUGUAAAAAAUUACAUAUCUUGCUGUUAAAGAUAGUGUACCCAAUAUAAAGAACAUUCAAUCUGUACAUAUUUAGUACGUUUACAUUUCUAAACCGACACUGUGACUCUUCUAGAAGGGCAGCCAAUAGUGAAAUGCGUAUACGUCAAAGACAAGUCUUGAAAAUGAUCACUGUAUCUUUUUUUUUUCCAACUUCCCAAUCAAUCUGCAAAGCACAUCAAAUCUCUUUUUUACUUUGGUUUUAUAAUAUAAUGACAUUUGUGUUUUGUGCUAUUUAUUUUUUUCUGGUAUUUUGUUUUAUUUUUGCUUGUUAAUCAAAGGGAAUAAUAUAUAUAUAUAUAAGAAAAAGAGACGGGAAAUAUGAGAUGUAAGGGAAAACGUUAUAUUUCAUGCUUAGUAUAUUUUAAAACACCUUUUUGAUCUUGGUAAAAAAAAAACCAGGUUUUUAUUAGCGCUGAAUUGUGGUGAACUAAAAACCACAAAUUCCAAUUAUAGGCCAAAUUUAUCCCUUUGAAAAAACAUCUGAGUUUGACACUUGGUCCUCUUUUUUUUAUUUUUUUUAUUCCAGUUUCCAUUUGUCACAAUAAAUAGUAAAUACAACCUCAAAUAGUUCCAUAUUUUUAACCAGUAUUAGAAAAGAUAUUUCCUAUUAAACAUGUUAGUAGUAUAUGUUUCUAAAUCAUAGGAAAGAUUUUUAUGUGACUUUAACACUGUAAUAAUAACCUAACUUAUUUUUGCCCCAUAUUCAAUCUAUGUAAAUACAUAUGAACCACUUAAGUAAAGAGACCAGUACACUAGUUUGACUGUCCUUUUGCCUGUGUUUGUAUAAGGAGAGUGACUGUGUGCAAUAUUGUCUCUCCAUUUUAUAUUUUAUUCAAAUAAACCCAGCCAUCUCGUGCGUAAUUUAGAUCCAGAAAGUGAAAAAUAAAAUAAGAAAUUGUAAGAAACUUUUCCUCCAUCUUUGUCCAUACAAGGGUAAUACAAUACACAGUUAAUUCAUUUAGUGCAAUAA